UCACAUUCACUGAUAAUGGCUUCGCGAAUCUUGUCGAUAGUUAUCUCUUUCAUUUAUUUCUCAUUCUUGGCUAAAUCCUUUGCUAAGCCUCCUGUCACAACUCUCCCAGGCCAACCCACCCAUGUUUCUUUCAAACAGUACUCUGGUUAUAUCGUAACAGAUGCUGCUCAUGGCCGAGCUCUUUUCUAUUAUUUAGUUGAAGCUGAUUCAGCUCAUCCAUUGUCCCGUCCCCUAACAUUGUGGCUCAAUGGAGGUCCUGGUUGCUCUUCAGUUGGUUUUGGCGUACUCAUGGAACAUGGUCCAUUCCAGCCUAAAGACAAUCGACUCUUGGCUAAGAACAAGUAUUCUUGGAACUUGGAAUCCAACAUGUUGUAUGUGGACAGUCCCAUUGGAGUUGGUUUUUCAUACUCAAACACAAGCUCGGACUACACUUCUUAUAACGACACUACAACUGCUGAGGAUAAUUUGAAGUUCCUUCUUAACUGGUUGGAAAAAUUCCCAAAAUACAAAAAUUCAGACCUCUAUCUAGCGGGAGAAAGUUAUGCAGGCCACUUCAUUCCACAGCUUGCUUCGCUAUUGCUGGAGUACAACAAGAAGCCCAACAUCAGACCCAUCAAGCUGAAGGGCGUUGCUCUUGGGAAUCCACUACUUGACUUAGACAUUAGCAUAGCGUUUGCCGAGAACUUGUGGUCGCAUGGAGCAAUUUCAGAUGAGACAUUGAUGCUGGAGAAGACAGUUUGUAAAAUAUCAAGAUACUUCAAGGAGUUUGUCCAUAAUAAUCUGUCCAAGGAAUGCAGUGAUGUGUUUGAUAGAAUCAAUAAGGAGGUUGGUGAUGAACUCGAUCGCAAUGACCUGCUCUCGCUCCAGUGCUUACCAUCGACCGAGGCUGAGCAAUUUAGAGCAGCAAAAGCAAUAAUGCACUCAAACAUAGGGGCAGUGCUUCUGCGAGGUGCUGGUGAUCCAUGCCUGCCUGAUAGGAUUCUUGCUUACCUCAACAAGCCUGUGGUUCAAAAAGCACUUCAUGCCGUCCCAACCAACUGGAGCUUCUGUGCAGGGCCCCUUCAAUACCAAAUGGAAAGUUUGGCCACAAACAUGAUACCAAUCAUCUCAGAUCUUCUCAAGAGUGAUAUUCCGAUCAUGUUCUACAGUGGUGACCAGGAUACGAAAAUCCCACUUACUCAGACGAGGAUAAUUGCUAAUGCCAUGGCUAAAAGCUUGAAGCUUGUUCCCUUGACAAGUUACGGGCCUUGGUAUGAUAAUAAGCAGGUGGGUGGAUGGGCUCAGUCGUUUGGCAAGCAAAGAGAAGGAAAGAACGUAACAUAUCUUACAUUUGCAACAGUUAGAGGUGGAUCGCAUGAAGUCCCAUACACAUCGCCAUCACAAACUCUAACACUGUUCCGAGUUUUUCUAAGUGGAUCUCUUCUGCCCGCGCCCAAAGUUAGCUAAAGUGGAGUGGGGCUU